CGUCCACGUCAGAGGGACGGAGAGCCUGGGGACAGUGGCCACCCCGCUGGGACACUGAGGGCUGGGUCAGGGACAGUGACGGGCCACAGGCGGGAGAUGUGAGUGCAGAGAGCGGGGAAUAGACGGGUACCAUUCAGAGCACAGAUGGGGGAACAGAGUGACAGAGGGUGGGAAUGCAGACGGACUUCAGGGUCACUGCGGGGGCAUGGGGAGGUAGAGGAGACACAUGGGUGCUCAGGGCCAGGCUUCCAGGAAGGUGGCCCAGGCAGCCAGCAUCAAGCCUGAGCGCCGCCCAGACUGACCUGCCCAUCAUCCAGCACAGGAGCCUGACUGCCCCUUUCCCCAGAAGAGGUCACUAGAGUUAUAUGGCCUCUCAGCUGGGGAGACGGAGGCUAGUUGGAGGCAAGAGCUGGGCUGAGGUCAGGGUUCUGCCUCCCUCCUCCAGAGUAAGCUUGUACAAGCCCCAGCAGCCCCCUGGGUCUCCAUUUCCCUAACUAUAUAAUGAGGGCAUCAAGCCUCCCAGCUGAGCCUUUGUCAUAUCAAUAUUAAGCAACAAUAAUGUCAAUAAUUGCACCAAACACUAAUGUGGGGUCAACUGUGUGUUGGGCUCUGUUCUAAGCACCUGACAUGAAACGACUCAUUUAUAGAAAUAAAUGAGCAGCCUACUGGGCGGGGGGACCUCACAUCAUCCCCCAUUUCACAGUCACAGGCAGGGAAACAGAAGCAUUUGCCCACAGUCAUCCAGGGAGAAAAACAGCAGUGAGCAUUGAUCCAGGGCACGUGGAGGUCCUGGAGUCAGGCUGUGUGGCCUUGAAAGAUCUCCACUACCUGCUCCCCUAGCUCUUAACCAGGUCAACAAAGACUUGGGCAUUGCAGGCUUGUGAGAAGGUUAUGAGACCAGCUACUGUGUAAUAGCAGUGGGGUAGCUCUGGGUGAACCACUGGCGAUCAUAAAAGCCUCACUGUUACUGCUGUUACUGUUGUCACGCCCAUCCACAGAGGGGAAACGGUGGCUAUGAGCCGUAGGGUUCUCCAGCCAGGCCUGGGCCUAUCCUCUCACCAGUGCCCCAGCCCACACCUGGCCCCAAGCCCUAGCCAGCGUGAUUCCGGCGUGGCUGGCUGGACAUCCACCUGAUGCAACUGUGGUGCCACCUCCAGGCCCUUGCACAACACGGGGCACCCAGCUGGCUGGUUAAUGACUGACCUGAAGUUAAGGGGGGGGUGUUAAGGCAUAAAAGGCAGCCCCACUGGGGCUGUGGCCACACCUUCCCCAGCCCUCCAGCCAUGCCUGUGCUCAUGCUGUGCCUGCUGUGUGCCCUGGCAACAGCGGUUCAGCCGGCACUGGCGGGUUCCAUGAGUGGCUCGGAGCCAGCGCAGCAGGAGGAGCUGACCCUGCUCUUCCACGGGGCCCUGCAGCUGAGCCAGGCUCUCAACGGCGUGUACAAGGCCACAGAAGCACAGAUGACAAAGGCCGGGAACAGCCUGAGCCUCUAUGGCCAGGCGCUGGGGUUCCUGGGGAAGGAGAUCAGCCAGGGCCAGGAUGCAGCUCAAGAGCUACGUGCGAGUCUGUUAGAGAUGCAGAUAGAAGAGGAUGGUCUCAAGCUGCAAGCAGAGGCCAUAGCCCAGGCGCUGGGUGAGGUGGCCCAGGGACAGCAGGUGCUGAGGGAGAAAAUGAAGCGGCUAGAAGUCCAGCUGAAGGGCGUGUGGCUGGGCCAUGCCCACCAAGAAUUCAAGGACUUAAAGGCCCAUGCUGAUGAGCAGAGCCACAUCGUGUGGGUCCUCACGGGUCAUGUGCAGCGACAGAAGCAGCAGAUGAUGGUACAGCAGCAGCGGCUGAGACAGAUUCAGGAGAGACUCCACAUGGCUGCGCUCCCAGCCUGAGCCUGAGCCUGGGCAGAACUGAGGACCAGUCAUGCACCGAGGGACACAGCCCUGCCCCAUGCGGCCCCUGCACAGGGAGGAGCUGCCCAUCCACUAAGGUCGGCCAGGGCGCUGGGCCCCGCUUCCAGUCAUGGAGUAGAGAGGGAAGCAGGCGGGGACACAGGCAGAGAACAUGGACGGUCAAGGAGGUGUGGAGGAAGGACAUGCCCCGUCAUGCGCAUACAUUCCCUAUUAAAGCAGAGCAGUGGCAUCUCAGGCCAGCGUCUGUACGUGUCGGAGGGGAAGCAGACCUCAUUCCAUGUGAUGCCUCCCAUAUUCAAGUGCCCGGCUGCCCCAGAG